ACUCUGAAUCAGCUUUAAAUCUUCUUGUUGUUGCCUUUUAGGUACAGAAGGUUCACCAAAAAGCAAAACUGACAGAGCAAGGCUUGGAAACUUGAGAGCAAUUUCUACAGCAGACACAAGGAACGAGGAAGGUGAAAACAUGGAUGAUGAUGAUAAGGUCGCAGAGUACUGGAACUCAGAUCAUCACAAGUUCGAAUGGUCAAAUUAUAUGCAGAGUCUUGAUUCGCGUUCUUGGCAUGCCCUUGGGCUGGGAGUACCUGAGAGUUUUUUGUCAAGAGAAAAGCCACAUUUUGACCCAGAACUUCCUUGGAAAGAGAAACCAAUGAAAGUCACCAGUGUCAUUGAUGUGCAUAAAAUUGCACUUGACAAGUUGCUGUUGAGACUUCACAAAAUGUAUGAGGCAAUUGGGCAAGCCACUCAGACAACAAUAGACCCCAUUUUGAAAGAUCAAAAAAUUGAGACAGUGAUGGGAAAACUUGAACUGGAAGUAGAGGGAGGCUCAGCUAUGGAAAAACAGCAGGUUGCACCACCACCAGUAUCAAAACAUGCAAGUCAUAUCAGUUUGCCGCAUAUUGGAAGCCCAAUAGCUCGGCAGAAGAGUACAUUUUCCACUGAGAAGUACCCAGUCAUUAUACAUGAGCCUUCAGCUGUUAGAACAGCCAGACGUAAUCCAACGAAACUGUAUCCCCAGCACUCCUCAUCUUGGUGUGAAGAUUUCGAAGGAGGUUAUAGAAUUCCAAGAAUUUUCAAAGUGAAAUCAAAACAAAAACUCCAGAGUGCAAAAGGCAUUGUGCAGCCACGUUAUUUACCAAGAAAAGAGGAAAGUCCUAAAAGUGAGCGGCAAGUUAUUGAAUUAGAUCUUGCCAAUACAUCCUUGUGGAAGCCAUCUAUGCUAAAGAAAAUAGUUACAGCAUUGAAAGCAUUUACGCCAAUGCAGAGAGAGCAGUCAUUAGUUGUACAAGGUGAUGGUCCCAGGUGGAACAGAAUUCAGACUUUGUUGAGUGAAAGAGGUGUGUUGUCUUCAAAUUCAACAGUAGCUGCGGAAGCUGUAAAGACGAUUGGUCAGCUCAAGUGCCGUGAGAAGUGUGUUAUAGAUACCUUGACUGAAGUGAUAAAACAACAAAAAGACCCAAAAGUCUGCUAUGAAGCAAGCAAGGCAUUAAUCUUAUUAGGGACAUGGGAUCCUUAUGGUAUGGCAGUUAUAAGACAAUACAUCAAGAAAGGCAAUAAGGAUGUUGUGUUGGAAUUAUUAUCAACAAUGACUAAAGCUAGAGAUAUAGCUUUUGUAGACAAGACCACCAAAGAGUUUAAGCAGAUGGUCAGUUUACUAAUACACACUGUAAAGACCCAGUCUCCCGAGCUAGCAUUUCAUGCAGCAGUGAGUCUUGGUCGAUUGUGUGUGGUUGAACCAGUCUCAAAGAUGUACCUCAUCACCAGGCUUCCUGGGUUGUCUCCACGUGACAAGGGAGAGGCAUUGUACGUUUUGAUUAAACAAAUGAAUUGUAAGGAAAAACUGGUUUUGGAUGCGUUAUUAGAACAGCUGAGUACGGCUCACAACUGGAAGCUAAGAAUGGAAGCAGCUGAUUUACUCAUUUUUGUUGGACCAAGAGACGUCUUUAAAGUGAAAAGUUCGGAUGAAGUGUUUGAUACACUGGAAGAGCUUCUUUGGGAUCACGCUAACAAGGAAUUGAGAAGUAAAGUGUCCGAAGCAUUGAGCUCGCUUGGCUUGCGACAAAGAGCAUGUCAACUGGUGCUAAGACGACUAGAAGACCCAGCAGAAGAAGUUCGCGGGCGUGCAGUCAUUUCCUUGGCGACUCUAGAGAUGAAAGGAGUGAAAGAAAUGAAGGCGCUGUUAGACAUCUUAGAACUGGACUCUAGUGGUUAUGUCAGAAUACAGGUUGUGAGAGCCUUCGGUCUUAUGGAGUGGAGCGAUCCAAGAAUCCUUCGAAGUCUAAAAGAGCGGGAGAAAGGCGAAGGGGCAUUAGCAAAAGAAGCAAGAAAAACACUGGCUUAUUUAACAAGAUCCCCUGGCAAGACAUCCAUGGUUGAAUGAUUCAGACCCAAGCCCUUUUGCAGAAUUUAUCAACGAAGAUCGACUAGAUCACGCAGAACCGGUCUAGGCAUGUUAUGAAAUUUUACAAGCACAAGCUCAAUUAUUGCAAUUUUAAUUUUUUUCCGGUAGACUGGUACAGUGCUUGAAAUGACAUUUCUUAAGAGUUGUCUGAAGUUUUAUUUUGUACAGCAAUAAAUUAAUAUAUUAUUUUGUUAAAGUUUAUCGCAGUUUGUACCCGGUAAUUUUCGUUUCAUGUAUUUCCCUGUCCUUACUACCUCCAAGAAUCGUAAACAAAACUGUCCUUCCUUAUGUUCGCCAGUCUCCUUCGCAGCCGCGACGGAGAUAGCGUGAUGCGUGACAAGACCAAAGAACAGCCGUGAAGAAUACUAGGUUUUCCCGAGUGAUCUUGUCUUACCUUUGAAGGAAAGUCUUAUAACCUCUCAAAACUUACACUUGGUCCAACGAUGGUGCUCAGAAAUAAUUAUUACACGCAAUAAUUAUUUUCGUUGACGUCUUACAUGCGAGUAUUUCUGCCUACUCGCAUAGGUUUCGUGAAGACAACAGUUCAUAUCUAAUUUGUCAUAUCUUAACCAGAUUAUUCUGGGCUGCUUUGUUUCGAGAUAUUUACCGAACAAACAACCCUAUUUUUUAUUUUCUUUCGAGUCCGUACGAAAAGCUUUAGAAAUUUAUUUUCCGAUCUAACAUCCUCGCAACAAUUUGUAUGGACUCCAAAAUAAAUGUAACCCUUUUCUCCCGGACAUCAGUUUGUGUAUUCUGCAUACCGUUCUUCAAACAUCUCUUGUGGUUCUGACAAGAAUGUGUCAAACAAUUAGGAGAUUCUUACGACUUAAUUGUGUGAUCCAGUAGUUACACUGUAAGAAGAAAUUAGAUGCAAGUCACUCUAAAGGAUGAGAGAGUGAACCUCUUCUUAUAAAAGCUACAGGUCGCUUUGUGAAGGUUAGCGAGGGCACACCGUUUUUCCAAAAGUUUGAAAUUUUUUUCCCCCUCAUAAUUGCCUCGUGUCCGGGUGCUAGGGUUAUCAACAAGAACCAAACCACCGCGAAAGGAAAACAAAUUCGUUCUAACUAUUCAAAUUUUUACUCAAGAUAAUUUUAUUAGAAACAUUUUUAGAAAAGCUAUCACAACUUGUACAUUUAAUAGAAAAAAAA